AUGAUGAGUACAUUCAAUCCAUUCGAAGCACACUACGAUACAAUCAACGAUAAAGAUGAUUUCAACAUCGGAAAUACAAGCCGGAAUUAUACAAUUGAUCCAUUAGAAACCGAAGCUGAACGAAAUCUUCGAACACGAACUGUUACGCCAAUCGUAACUGGUUCAUCUGUUGCCGCCUUCGUUUUCAAUGGUGGCGUUAUUUUAGCUGCUGAUGUACUCGGCUCGUAUGGUUCUCUGGCUAAAUAUCGUAAUUUACCACGUAUUCACCAAGUUAAUGACAAAACAGUUUUGGCACUCGGUGGUGAUCUAUCAGAUGCUGACUAUAUCAAAGAAGCCAUUGAUUCUAAAGUUGAAGAAGAUAUCGUUCAAGAAGAUGGUGGUGAAAUGACACCGUUGGCUCUCUAUUCGUGGUGUACACGAUUGAUGUAUCAUCGACGAACAAAAUUCAAUCCAUUGUUGACAAGUGUGGUCGUAGCUGGUCUAGAAAAUAAUGAACCAUUUCUUGGACGUGUGAAUGACAAGGGCUCGGCCUACAAAGAAUUCUUAAUUAUGACUGGUAUUGCAAAUCAUUUAGCCCAAGGUUGGAUUCGAACAAUUCUCGAAAAUGCCAAUCAAUUAAAUAAAGAUCAAGCUGAACAAUUAAUGGAUCGCAUUAUUAAACAAUUGUUCUAUCGUGAUUGCCGUGCAUUUGCUCGCUAUCGUGUUUGCAUCGUCACCAAAGAUGGCGUUGAAUUCAAAGCUAAAGAAGUUCAACCUGAUUGGAGUUUAGCCCCAAAAUUACGCAAUACAGAAUAA